AGUAGUUACAUGUUACAGUUGCAUGCGAUAACCGGCUCCGCCAGAGUCCACGUCUGAUAAUCGCCGUGUGGAACAACACAAUUUUGUUCCCGGCUCUCUGUUCGUAGUUUCACAGAUUCGCACACCGGGUGCGCAGCAGCGCGUUGCCGAGCACCACUAGCCUGAUCAGACUUGCGUAUAUGGUACGCCUUCGCUCACGGUACAUAGCCAGUUCACAUCCGUUGGCAUGGCAUGUCCAAUAGGCAUGCAUCCUUCCAGCCCCCCAGUCCCAUCGACAGAAAAAUUCUCGCACAUUAUAUGAGAAUUCGACCAAACGGAUAACAUUUACAAUCUCAUGUUCCCGUGUCCGUGAGCUUGGCACUUCCCGCUGCUCAGCCCAGUGCCUCUUUUCCUGCCAUAAAUCCUCGAACAACUCAGCCUUUGGCACUGUCAGAAUCGAUCAUUCACCACCAUGUUUAACAGGGAUCCUCAGUCGCCAAACGGUCAUUAUUCAGGAGAGUCCCGCCCGACGUCAUCGGCGCCGACUAUCGAUGUCUCGCUGGCAAGCCCAAGCUUUGACUACGCAAGUUUGAACGCGCCACUAUGGCCACACCGUCUCUCCGCAUCAUUCUCAGCGAUGGCAGACCAGAUAGCAGCUGCAUCACAAGCACUCGCGCUCGUUCCUUCCACAGCAUUCAGCGGCAAUGACAUGGCGGCUGAGUUUGCAUUCCUCAAGUCGAAACUCGCAUCGAUUGAGAGCACACAAGAUCGCCUCGCAUCUGAGUUUGCUGCUUUGAAAGAGCAGUUUACGGAGUUGAACACGGAUAAGGGACCUGCGUUGGAAGAGUUGGAGAAGAAGGUCGAGGCACUCAAGAAGGUCGUGGAGCUUGAUCAACAACGACUUCCUGCUCGACUGAAUAACUCUCGGUGUACAGUUUUGAAAAUGGGACUUAAGGGGCCCGUUGCAAACGAUGGCAAGCCGCCACCGGGCUUCCCUGCUACUAGGGGAGAGUUUGAGCAUAUUACAAGUCAGUGCAGUUUGUUUCUUGAGUUUGGAAUGGUCCACUGAUUGUGUGGUGUCAUUUAGAGGAGCGCUACGAGGCUAUUCUCAAGGCUUAUGGUCUGCCUAUCAAAGGAGACACCGAUGCCAAGCGAGAAGCUGUUCGCACGUUUGCCGGCAUCCCUCAAGACGGGCUCUAAGCAUGCAGGAGGAAGAAUGAUGAUGACCAUAUGAUAGCUCUUAUCCAUCACAUAUGAAAGUUGCUGGAAUUGUUGGAAGGAAUCCGCUUGCUGGACGAGCUUCGGUCGUUUCGGAGACCAUUGGAGAUUGACCGACCCGUGAGUCAACGUGACAACGGGAUCAGAUCGCGUAGUUAUAAAGCACAGCAGUGCCAAAGCUAGCAUACAUCAGUAGACUUAAAUCAGUAGACUAUAAAUUACUUGCGGAACUUAUCUUUCCUUGUCGUUUCUCC